AUGACCAGCUUCACGUACCGCGAUGGCAUCGCCGUCCUGCAGCUCAUCGCCUUCAUCCCGUGCCUUCUCUUCGCCACCGUCCUGUGCUUCAAGCAGGGCAUCCGCGCCGUCUCCGCCUGCUGGCGCUUCCUCCUCAUCCUCGGCCUGCUGCGCGUCAUCGCCGCCAUCUGCCAGCUGCUGCUCAUGACCCACGACGACCGUAGCAUCGUCGUCACCAAGCUCACCUGCGACCUCCUCGGCAUCGCCCCGCUGACCCUCGCCGCCGUCGGCCUCCUCCGCCGCGUCAACGAGACGGCCCUGACGCUACCCAAGCGCGUCUUCCUCCUCGUCGACCUCGUCAGCCUCGCCGGCCUCGGCGUCGGCAUCGGCGGCGCCGUCGAGGCCGUCGACAGCAACACCAUCCCGUCCCUCCUCAAGAUCGCGCUCGCCCUGUUCGUCGCCUGCCUGGGGCUCAUGUUCUGCAUCCUCGGCUGGCUGACCGCCUCCGUCAGCCUGCUGCCCCGGAACGAGAGGGUGACGCUCUACUCGGUCUACCUCUGCGCGCCGUUCCUCAUCGUCCGCAUGGUCUACGCCUGCAUCGGCGACUUUGGAAACGAUCCUCGGUUCAGCAUCUUUAACGGCGAUCCGACCAUCUUCCUCUGCAUGUCGGUCCUCGAGGAGAUUAUUCUCAUGAUCAUCUGCCUCUACGUCGGCUACAUGUACCCGCCCACUGCUCUCAAGAGCACCGCCCCCAAGCCUCGCUACAUGAGCGAAGCUUGA